UCUGGAAGGCUGAGCAGAGGUGACAUGGACACCACACCUGUGACUGCUGCCUCUGACUCAUGUGAGGGCGGGAAGCCCACAGGCCUGUCUCUCUGACUGUGUGGACCCUCCCCGUGCACCUUGGGUGAUGUUGGACUCAGUGACACACAACACCUUCCUGCCCAACGUGUCCUUCUGCGACCCCCUGAUGUCGUGGACUGACCUGUUCAGCAAUGAAGAGUAUUAUCCUGCCUUUGAGCAUCAGACAGCCUGUGACUCCUACUGGCCGUCGGUCCACCCUGAGUACUGGACGAAGCGCCACGUCUGGGAAUGGCUCCAGUUCUGCUGCAACCAGUAUAAGCUGGAUGCCAACUGCAUCUCCUUCUGCCACUUCAACAUCAGCGGCCUGCAGCUGUGCAGUAUGACACAGGAGGAGUUCAUCGAGGCAGCUGGUGUCUGCGGGGAGUACCUGUACGUCAUCCUCCAGAACAUGCGCUCGCAAGGUUACUCCUUUUUUAAUGACCCUGAAGAGACCAAGGCCACCAUCAAAGACUACGCUGUUUCCAGUUGCUUGAAAACAAGUGGCAUCAAAAGUCAAGACUGUCACAGUCAUAGUCGAACAAGCCUCCAGAGCUCUCACCUAUGGGAAUUUGUGAGAGACCUGCUUCUAUCUCCUGAGGAAAACUGUGGCAUUCUGGAAUGGGAAGAUAGGGAACAAGGUAUUUUUCGGGUAGUUAAAUCAGAAGGCCUGGCAAAGAUGUGGGGACAAAGGAAGAGAAAUGACAGAAUGACGUAUGAAAAGUUGAGCAGAGCUCUGAGGUACUACUAUAAAACAGGAAUUCUGGAACGGGUCGACCGAAGAUUAGUAUACAAAUUUGGAAAAAAUGCACACGGGUGGCAGGAAGACAAGCUAUGACCUCCUCCAUCAUCAAGCUCAUUUUAUGGAUUUCUGUCUUUUAAAACAAUAGAUUGCAAUAGACCUUGAAAGUUCACUUUUUUAAAAGCCUGCAAACGUGCUGAUAAAAUUUCUCCACAUCUCAGCUUACAUUUGGAUUCAGAGUUGUUGUUGUCUACUUGGGGGUGAUGACAGCAACCCUUAAGAAAUUCCUUUUUUUUUUUUUUUUUACCCGAGGGGAGGAGGGGAUGAUCUUUUGUGGUACCCGGAUCAAACAUCACUUCCCUAAUGAAGAGUUGCAGAACCACAAUGCCCUGUGCCAUUGCUGCUGCUCAGAGAAAAAGGAUCCAAUUCUGCCAUAAGAGGCUCAUCCGGUGCUCCCAUUCCAAAGGCUCAAAAGUUUUCACAUAGUUAACUGUGGCAGCUCACAAAGCAAAAAAAA